AUGUAUAACUUAGCUUGUACAGAUUCAGUUGAACAGAUUUAUGAUAAUGAGAAGAUAUUUUCUCUCAGUUUCUUCAUUCUUCAUAUCUUAGUUGCAUCACUUCUCAUUGUUAACGGUGUUCAUACUGCAUCUUAUCAAAACACGUAUCAAAUCAACACUAAAGAUUGGAGUAUAAAGCCAUCUGGGGGAAGAUUGGAUUCACUAGAGAAAUUUGGAUGCAAAAUGGAGGAUAAUGUGGAGAGAAAAUCGGAAAUGAAAGGGGUAGAAAAGGAUAAACGAGAAAGGGAAUUACAAUGUGGAGAUUUAAACACUCACCAAGAAGCGCCGCCGCCGGCUCCAACUCCAAUUGAGCCUGGUAAACAAGCAACGCCAGGUGGUAAUGCUUGGGCUACUUUGUUUAAAGGGAAUCAACUUGCAGAACAAGGAAUGGGGCUUACGUUUAUUGCUCCAUUGAUUAAGAUGGAGAGAAGAGCUAGUUUGGAAAGGUUAAUUGCGACUAGAUGGCCUGCUAUUGACAAACCUAAGGUUUACUACCAUAAUGACAGUUACUUUGUGGUCCGAUUUGAGUGCUUGAGUGAUAGGAGUGAAGUCCUUUAUGCAGGCCCUCAAAUGUGGAAUAAUCAUCCCAUUAUUAUCAGAGCAUGGACUCCAGAUUUUGACUUUGCCAAAGAAGUACUAAAGACCAUACCAUUAUGGGGAAUGGCGAAAAGCAAAGAAAUGCAGGAGGAGGGGGUUUCAAAAGUCCCUUCUAAUGGUGCACCAAGUCAGAAAGGAUGGCAGAACCCAAAGAUAACUAGUAAGAGUACAAGUGUGGCAUCUAAUAGUGCUGAUACUAUCUCUGGAGGCACCUCUCAAGGUUUUCCCGAUAGCUCUAUGCCUACGAUGAAUACUACAAGUGAGACUGCUAUGGAACCACUCUUCUCUAAUCAUUCUUCUCUGAGCCUUAUAUGUGAUGAGCAGAGAAGAUGGACUCCAAAACCUUUUAUCUUCUUUAACUACAUGGCUGAUCAUCAGGAUUUCCCUAUUGUUGUGGCUGAAUGUUGGAGGGAAAGAAGUUUCACUGGUACUCUCAACUUUAUUUGGCAGAAGUUGAUAGCUGUAAAAAAUGAUCAAAUUGCACAUGGUAAUCACCCAGAGUUGGUGGAGGUGGAGAAAACACUUAGGAAAGAAUAUGAAAAAUGGGCUCAAAUUGAAGAAAGUAUAAUUAGGCAGAAAUCAAGAGUCCAAUGGCUCAGAUUUGGGGAUUCCAAUUCCUCAUUUUUCUUUGCAAAUAUGAAGAGCAGGGCUGCUCAGAAUAGAAUUGCAAGUUUAACCAAUGAUACAAAGGAGAUAUUAGGGACCAGUUCUAGCUCAAUACCUGCUAUUCAACUAGAUGUUAUCAAAGAUGGUACCAUUCUAAACAAGGAUCAACAAUUGCUUCUUAUUCAAGGUGUAACAGAUAAUGAGAUGAGUCAAGCUAUGAAUGCUAUCAUUGUUUUAAAAGCUCCAGGUACUGAGACCACAAAGGCAGUUAAACAUUUCUUUGAAUCAUGUCUAAUGCCUAGACCUGUUAAUUGUGCUAGUGUUUCCUUGAUUCCUAAAGUGAAGAAUCCUACUGCAAUGAAAGAGUAUAGGCCUAUUUCUUGCUACACUAUUUUAUAUAAGAUAAUUUCAAAGGUGAUCACUGCUAGACUACAACAAGUCAUGCCACUACUAGUGGAGAAUACUCAAACAGCUUUUGUACCUGGUAGACUUAUAAAUGAUAACAUUAUACUAAGCCAUGAGUUGGUUAAGGGAUAUGGGAGGAAAGGGAUUUCUUCUAUAUGUAUGCUUAAGAUUGACAUGCAGAAGGCCUAUGACUCUAUCGAAUGGUUGUUUCUUGAACAAGUUCUAGUAGGACUUAGUUUCCCUGAUAAAUUUUUUAGAAGGGUCAUGGUCUGUGUCACCACUGUGAAUUAUUCUAUUUUCAUUAAUGGUAAGCAGACUGAGUCUUUUGCAGCAAAGAGAGGGUUAAGGAAAGGUGACCCAUUGUCUCCAUAUCUAUUUGUUCUGUGCAUGGAAUAUCUAAAUAGGUUGUUGAAGACAUUGAGGAGGGAUCCAGAUUUCACAUAUCAUCCUAGGUGCAGUAGGCUACAUAUUGUACAACUUGGUUUUGCAGAUGAUCUCCUACAGUUUUGCAAAGGUGACAUCAAGUCAGUUGAGAAACUAUUUGCUUGCUUUCAGAAGUUUUUUGCAGCCUCUGGUUUGAUUUCCACUAUUAGAAAAAGUUGUGUUUACUUUGGUGGCAUAGAUUACUCUAUUCAACAGGUCAUCCUGGAUAGACUUCAAUUCUCACAAGGAACUUUACCUUUAAGAUUUUUAGGUGUGCCCUCAAAUACAAAGAGGCUAUCUGUUAUUCACUGUGUGCCACUUAUUGAUAAAAUAAUAGGGAGAAUUAUCCACUGGUCUUCAAAACUACUAUCUUAUGCUGGGAGGGUGCAGUUGUUAAAGACCUUCUUAUGGACUGGAGAUACUGAGGCAUCCAAGAAGGAAUUGGUUGCAUCAGAACAAUUAUGUAUCCCUAGGACUGUAGGUGGGAUGAAUAUACUACGCACUCAUGCAUGGAACAAGACUGCAAUCUGUAAAAUGCUGUGGAAUCUAUGCAAAAAAAAAGAUAAACUAUGGGUGAAAUGGGUGCAUGCCUAUUAUUUAAAAGGGCAGCCUAUAUGGAAUUUCCUACCUAAACAAGGAUCAUGGAUGUUGAAAAAGAUUUUUAAAGCUACUCAGACUCUUGAGGAAGCUGGCUGA